AUGAAAGAAGCGGUACACCUUAGAAAAGAAGCGGUACACUUUAAAAAAGAAGCGGUACACUUUAAAAAAGAAGCGGUACACUUUGAAAAAGAAGCGGUACACUUUAAAAAAGAAGCGGUACACCUUAUAAAAGAAGCGGUACACCUUAGAAAAGAAGCGGUACACUUUAAAAAAGAAGCGGUACACUUUAAAAAAGAAGCGGUACACUUUAAAAAAGAAGCGGUACACCUUAUAAAAGAAGCGGUACACUUUGAAAAAGAAGCGGUACACUUUGAAAAAGAAGCGGUACACUUUGAAAAAGAAGCGGUACACCUUAGAAAAGAAGCGGUACACCUUAGAAAAGAAGCGGUACACUUUGAAAAAGAAGCGGUACACCUUAGAAAAGAAGCGGUACACUUUAAAAAAGAAGCGGUACACCUUAGAAAAGAAGCAGUACACUUUAAAAAAGAAGCGGUACACUUUAAAAAAGAAGCGGUACACUUUAAAAAAGAAGCGGUACACUUUGAAAAAGAAGCGGUACACUUUGAAAAAGAAGCGGUACACCUUAGAAAAGAAGCGGUACACUUUAAAAAAGAAGCAGUACACUUUAAAAAAGAAGCGGUACACUUUAAAAAAGAAGCGGUACACUUUAAAAAAGAAGCGGUACACUUUGAAAAAGAAGCGGUACACCUUAGAAAAGAAGCGGUACACUUUGAAAAAGAAGCGGUACACUUUGAAAAAGAAGCGGUACACUUUAAAAAAGAAGCGGUACACUUUAAAAAAGAAGCGGUACACUUUGAAAAAGAAGCGGUACACUUUGAAAAAGAAGCGGUACACCUUAUAAAAGAAGCGGUACACUUU